UCCCGAAACAUACAUCUUGAAUAAGUGAUAACGCUUCCAUUUCUCCCGUCACUGAUCUCAAACUCCAAAGCUUAUCAUAGGCACUACUCAUUCAAUUCUAUUAGAGAGAGAGAAAAAUUCAUGGGUUCAGAAACUUUUCUGGAAGUGAUAUUAGCUAUACUGCUACCUCCUGUUGGUGUUUUUCUUCGUUAUGGCUGUGGAGUUGAGUUCUGGAUAGAUCUAGUGCUGACCAUACUGGGAUACCUACCGGGGAUUAUAUAUGCCAUUUAUGUGUUGGUUGGAUGACACUCAUAUACCAUUUGAUAUGUACAUUUCUCUCUUUUUCUUUUUACUUUUUUUCCUUUUUUUCAUAAUAUACGCAUGACUUUUCUAUAUCUGUUUCAACCUUUUAUUGUACCUUCUCUCUGAUGAUAGAAGGAGAUAGAUAGAAACUUUUUUUGUUGUUAAUAUAGUUCUCCUCGGUGAGUUAUUUUUCAGUAUAUCAGAAGAUAGAGAUCAAAGACUUGCUGUUCUAUUUUAAAGGUUUAAAUCCAACUUCAACGGGGUUUAGAUGAAAUAAUGCAAUCAAUUAUUGCAACUCUUCUAAAUAUAAUAAA